AUGAGAUUACUCAAAAUGAGAUAUAGAAGUGUGCAUGUUUAAGUGAAGGCGUGCAUUGUAAUAAAAACAUAACUAUAAUUAAAUAAUAUAUUUAUAAAUAUAAUAUGUAUUAAAUAUUCAGAACAAUCAAGAUGA